GUCUAGCCCGCCAAGGGCGCGAUCCCCUUUUCCCGGCUCCGUAACGGCCAAUCAGCUCCGUCUCCUUCUCCGGACUGACUCUGCCAGCUGUGCUUGGCCUGAGGUUAACUAGGCCCAGCUCCUUGGGCCGGCCCAGCUUGAGUAUUUCACAGGUGCUUGACCCGAAGCUGUUUAAAUGGUUCAUUUGGGCCGUCCUCUGGAUAUCGGCCCAUCAUAAGCCCCCCAACUCCUCAGUCCUCAGCUGGGCCAAGCGGAGGAGUGGGGAGUUUGCAAAGUCCACGUGGACGCUCUAGCGGGGAUCCGGGCCGUUCCUUGGGUUCUGCACGACACUUGGGCACGAUCUCCACGAAUAAGUAAUCAUGGCCUGCCGAUUCGCCUUCCUGUUGUCAGUUAAAAACCGCCGCUGGACGCCAUCUCUUCCUUUCGCCUUCUCCACUACCGUUCGUCUGCAACUCCGCUGCUCACCCGACUCGUUCUUCUUCCUGUCCAGGUCAGUUCCUUCUCUCGCCGCCAUGAUUGUCUCGGAUUCCGAUUCGGCUACCCCAUCGCCCAAUUCUCGCCAAGCCGGCCAAUCGGCCUCUGACCGUAACCCCGGCCACACUCCAUCACCCCGGCCAUCGCCGUCGGCCGUGCAUGGCCACAGACGGCGUCGAUUGAGGAAGCAAUACCCUUCCUCAACUCCGGUAGAUGAGGGCUCAAGGGUCGAAUUGGACGAAAACAUCAUGGCGUUGUGUCAUUGUCAAAUUACUAACCGGGGGUUCGCCGAUGCCACUGACAUGGUUGGACCCUCCAUCGAGGUCAUGAGACCUACGCAUACUCAAACUGCUUUAGACGCACCAUCGGGGUUCUUCACGGUCCAUCUGGCGUCUUUGAAGAAGGGGCUGCGCUUCCCUCUCCACCCGUUGUUGAUCGAAUUUCUCAACGUGGUGGACCUUCUCCCGUGCCAACUGGUCCCCAACUCUCACCGGUUCAUCGCCGGUUACCUUGUCCGGUGCAAAGAUAUAGGGGUGAAUCCGACCUUGGACCAUUUCAUAUUCACCUUCAAACUGACCAAGGGCCAUAAGGAUUGGGCGUCUUGUGCCAGUCUUUCCCAGAGGGCGCCCUUCCUUCCGUCGCAUCCCACGCCCCCACCUGAUGCCACCCUUUUGUCUAUCACUCGCCAAUUCUGCAAUAAGGGUGUUAUGAACAUCAAAGAGGUGGUGACAGAGGAAACCCUUGCCGGGUUGGGGUUUGAGUUUGUUCAGGAUGAGCUUCGCCACCAACCCGACCUACUGAGGGACAUCCCCGGGGGGCAUCAGCCUGACCAGCUGAAGGACAUUCCUGAGGAAGGUCUUGAUUGUGGUCCUUUUGAAGACCAGGCUCGUAUCUCGGCAGGCUCCGAGGACGACCUUGACAACAUGGUCCUUUUGAGGCUCAGUCAGGCUACGCUGGGGAUGAUUGAGGUGGUCGGCCGGAAACGGGGUCGCCAGGCCGCCGCGGACGAGGUGAUGAAAGCAACCGAGGCCAAGCAGAAGGAGCUGCAGGAGGAGGUCGCCCGACUCACCAGGGAGUUGGAGGAGAAAGAAAAUCGUUGUGCGGCGCUUACCGUGGAGAAAGCUUCCCAGGAGAACCGCUGCGUCGCCCUUGAGGCAGACAAAGCCUCCUUGUCCUUGGAGGUAAAAUCUGUUUCUGCUCGAGUGGUCGAGCUGGAAGGGGAGAAAUCUAAUCUGAUCCAGAAGUUGGAGGUAGAGAGGGGCGAUCGGGUCCGCCAUGCAGAGGGAGCGGUAGAAUCCUUCAAGUCCUCUCCUGACUUCACGGUAGUCGCAAUGGAGCGGAUGGAAGAACUAACGGCCGCUUGGCUCAAAACUGAACCUGGGGCCCAAUGGAUGGUCAAGGAGGGAACCAAGUCCUUCAAUUGCGGACUCUUCCAUGCCCAACAGGUCUUCCGCAACAGGCUGGCCCAGCUCCCUAAAGGAUUCUCUCUCCCCGACCUUGGCUUCCCUUCUCCCUGCCGCUCCUUGGCCGAGUUCGACCCUAGUCCCUAUCUGGACGGGGGGAGCUCGAGCGCGUCGGAAGAGGAGGAAGAAGAAGAAGUGGAAGGUGGUCAGAGCGACAUGAAUCCAGGGGCCAGCUUCGCCAUGUCCAAAGCGGUUUGGGCCCAACUCCUAGUCCCGGCCCGUUUACCUGCCCGGGCUCAAUCCCUGGAUUGGCCAUCGUGCCGCCCAAUUGAUCCAAUGCCCUUCACCGUUUCUGAUUGGACCUUCGCGCGGCUCAAGGCUGCUUUAUCGUGGCCGUCGGUGAAACCGCCGCCACCACCUCCAAACCCUUAUGAAGACUUUCAUGAGGCGUACGAGGCCCUCUCCGCCAACCGCCUGCCUGACGGGCGGAUUGACUGGGAUGCUCUAUGCCCCCUCCAUUCCCUGCAAUCUAUGGCCUGGGAGAGCUUUCAAGAUGAGCACUUACCCCUCCUGGAGCAUGAGUGCGCAUAUUACGCAAGUUUUGAGCGAUGGACCAGCGAAAGUCACACCAGUUCGCCGGUGAGGCCUUCGGAGGAGGUUGUGUUAGGGGAAGAACUGGGUUCUCCCCUACCUCGCCCCGCUUGCCGUUCACUUCCCCAGAAGACCCCUAGGCGACCUGAAGUAGCUCGGGCGGCUUCAGGAUCUCCGUCCUCGCCUAGGUGAUGCUGGUUGGGGUUCACAGAGAAGUGAGUCGUCCCCCGUCCUUCCUUGGUAGGAGAAGGGCGGUGGGUUUUUGCCGAGGCUGGGGGCGACCACUCCCAUUCCAUGUUGGGGAAGAAAGGUGGUCGUCCUGG